AUGGGCUCCAAGAAGGAUAUGCGGAGGUUGGAUCUUGCCAUCCCCUACGUCGACCCUCCCAAGAGCAAGGAUGAGGCCGAUAUGACCGGCGCCAUGUCCAGCACGAUGCCGAUGGCCGCGAUGUUCACCCGGAACAGGAUGAUUGGAUGGGUCUCCUUCGUAUUCUCCCUCCAGACAUGGCUCGGUGAAACCCCCGAACAGAAGAGAACCGCCUCGACGCCGUCCUACAUGUCUGUCCUGAUGUCUUUGAUGGCCCUCGUCGUGACCUAUUUCCCCAUCUUCAUGCCUUCUCCCGCCGCGCGUGCCGACCCGGCUGCCGCCCCCUCCCCGUCUCCGUCUCCUUAA